AUGCUCUCCUCCUCAGCUCCUCUCUACCUGAGCCUCCUUCUCUUCCUCUCCCAACACUCUCCUGUUCUGUCGUGUCGGACCGAGACCUCGAGGCAGUGUGGCUGGGCUCCCUUUGUACCAGGUCACAACCUGGUGGGGGUGGGCUUUGAUGUGGCCACCCUGCAGAGAAAAGGAGCCUACGUGGUUGAUGUGAACACCGACAGGACCCCAGCUGGCACCUGCAGACUGUGCUCCAACCCUCUACAAGUUCACUGGUCAAAAGCCUCACCUACCAGGACAGCUACACCUGGAAGAAAUGUCAUCGCUGUUAGUAUGGUGGAGCAUCAAUCAUCAUGCCCUCCUUUUCUUCAGUACGGACUAGACCUUACGAAGUUCAUCGGCAUGGAGGUGGGAGGAACACGAUCCUCUCCGUAUCGGUUUGCUUACUCCACCAGCAGAGACGACCACUACACCUUCAGCACCCACAGGAUCAACUGCAUCCAUUACAGUUACCGUCUGUCACACAGACCGAUCCUCAGCGCUGAUUUCAAGAGGGAUUUGGCACGUCUGCCUUCCUACAGUUCCUACCGGUACAGACGCUUCAUAGACACCUACGGCACACAUUAUAUUCGCCAGGUUUAUCUUGGUGGGCGAUUCAGGCGAGUUACAGCUACGCGGACCUGCUUGUCCAGACUGAAUGGUCUCUCUUCGUACCUGGCACACUACUGCUUAUCACUGGGUCUCAGAGUAGGCCUUGGGAAGCUCAGACCCUCCACCAGUCCCAGAUUCUGCCACAGUGUGCUACAGAACCAGGACUACUCCACCAGGUUCAGCUCUGGACUUCACAAACAUUAUACAGAGAUGGUGGGAGGCAGAGGCUGGGAUGGGGAGCUUUCACUUAACCAUACCAACUCCCUGGGCUACCAGAAGUGGCUGAAAACCUUGAAGGAUGUACCCAGUGUUGUUCGCUAUGACCUGAGACCGCUGUAUGAGCUGGUGCCCUUCCAGUCUCAAAAGACGAGGCUGAAGGCUGCCAUAGAGCAGUAUUUACGAGCCAGUGGCAUCAGGUCUCCCAAACCACGGUACUGUGGCCAAGUCAACUUGGAUUCCAACUGUUGUCCUAGACAGGCCAGGAGGGGAAGACUGGUGGUGACCAUCGUCUCAGCCUGGAACACGAAUGGAGACCCAAGGAGCAGGAUGUAUGCUAAGUUACAGUAUGAUUUCCAUCGCCGCCAGACCCUUAUGAUCAAAUCCAACUACCCUCGCUGGAACACACGUUAUGAUCUGGGCAAUGUCAGUACAAAUCACUUUAGGUCCAAGUUUAACCUCAGAAACAGAUGA